UAGUCUAAAAGAGUAUUAAGCACUCCACAAGCAAAUCCUUCAAAUAAUUAUACAAAACACUUAAAAAAGCUAUCAAUUUUUUUGAAAUUUUCGGGUUAACAAAAUAGAGCACUAUCAGCAAUACAUUUGGGGAUUUAUUCAAAAUCACAACAUUUUAGGGCUGGUAGAGAGGUGAACGGCGGCUGUAGGUGAACGGCAGUGACGGCGGUGAACGGCGUCGACGGCAGGUGGGUUCUCGGCUUCAGCAGUCUCGCCGGCGGCGUGCUUCUUGGCGUGGGGUGCUGGUUGCUCACGGUUCCGUCUCUCGGCGUGCUUCGGUGAUUUCCAGGUUAUUGCUGUUGAGUGUAAAUGGCGGGUUCAAGUUUAGGGUCGAAGUCUCUUAAGGAGUAUCUAAAAAAAUAUGAGAGCAAUAAUGAAGAUGAAAAUAAAAAGAAGAAGAAGAAAAAGAAACAGCAGAAAGCUAAGCCGGAUGCCUCAGGCGUUUUAGUUGUUGAUGAAGAUCCGGUUUGGCAAAAACCAGUACAGCUUGAAGAAGAUCAAAAUGAUUCUGCUGAGGAAGAGAAGCCCCAAAUUGAUGAAGAUAUUGAGGUUAGAAGAAUGAGGAGGCUUGAGCAUUUAAGAGCCAUUCGUGCUUCUAAUCCGAUAUCGGAGGAUGGAAGUGGUUGGGUUACUCUCUCUCCAAAACAUGCGAAUUUGAAUUCUGAUUUGUCUCCACCUCGUAAGCAUACAGCUAGAAAUGACACGCCUUCGCCUGAACUGAAGCCUUCCGAAGUAGAUAAUGACUUUUCACCACCGCGGCAACGGCGAACAUGCCACCAUACCCCGUCACCAGAACCCGAUAACCAAAACUCUGACUUGUCUCCACCUCGUAAUGGUAGAGCAAGAAAUGACACACCUUCCCCUGAACGUGAUAGAAAGCCUGUCAAGGAAAUUGUGGAUUUGUCACCCCCUCGGCAGUGGAGAAGGCGCCAUCACACACAGUCACCUGAACCUGACAAGGGUCACGUGGCUUUAGACCUUUCACCCCCAAGGAAAAGUAGGAAUGAUGAUCUUUCUCCACCAAGAAAAAAUACGCGGCAAGUGUCUGCUCUAGAUAUGAAAGAGGAACGGAAAACUGGUUUAAUUACUGGUCGAGACAUGAGAGAUGAAAUUGCUAGAACUAAGAAGCAGGAUCUUAUGAGGUUUCAAGACAUGGACCCUUCUAUAAGUGGUCGAGGUGCUGAGCCUAUAUAUCGUGAUAAGAUAAAAGGGGUACGUAUAACGAAAGAGGAAUUCUUGAAAUCAAAACAAAAAGUAGAAGAAAAACCAAAGGAGAUAAAGUUGGAAUGGGGCAAGGGGUUGGCUCAAAAGCGGGAGGCUGAGGCUAAGCUUCAAGAAUUAGAACUUGAGAAGGAUAAACCAUUUGCACGGACCAGAGACGAUCCAGAAAUUGACAAAUUGAUGAAAGAAAGAAUAAGAUGGGGUGAUCCAAUGGCACAUUUGGUGAAGAAAAAGCAAUUUGAACCUGCUCUCUCCAACUUUGGGGAUAGUGAAAAGAUGAAAGAAUCAGGAUUUAUUAUCCCUCAGGAUAUCCCUAAUCAUAGCUGGUUGAAAAGAGGAUUAGAUGCUGCGCCAAAUAGAUAUGGUAUAAGACCAGGAAGACAUUGGGAUGGUGUGGAUCGUAGUACCGGAUAUGAGAAAGAACUAUUUAAAAGGAAGAAUGAGAAACAAGCUACUGAAAGGGAAGCUUAUCUUUGGUCCGUAGCUGAUAUGUGAUUGAAUCAGGCCUCCAUUGUCAAUCUGUAUUCUUAGGAGAUUUGUGGAUGCCUUUCGUUAGCGAACUGCUGACAUUUCUAGCAACUAAAUUAGAUUCAUGCUCACAAGUGUUGUUUCUUCUAGCUGUUUUCUAUUGGUUGGAACUAAAUUGAGCGGCAAAAAAUACAGAGAGAACUAUCCGUCCUUUGGGAUGCAGUUUGUGCUAGUAUAUCGAAGUAAUAUUGUAUGCCAUUUGGUAUUAGUUUCAAAACCGAAACAUCUCUUGAGCUGUGAAGUUUUAAACUAUGUAUAACUUAUACCAUAAUUUCCCUUGCAAAAAAAAUGUGAAAGACUAGUACCAUAAUUUAUUGUAAACCGAUCACUUAAUGUUAUUGUACCAAAUUUUAUACUCAAA